AUGGAUCUGCUGCUGCCUCCACUGCCUUCUCUGAGGAUGCCUCCCACACCCACAUCCUUGUUCGGGGAGGAGGAGGCCCCGUUGGACGAGGUGCUGCCCACCUCAUCCGAUUUUGGCAUUUCACCGCCGGGAUCCCCCUCGUCGGAUGAUGAGGUGUGGGACGAGUUUAUUGACGAUCCACCGAGGGCCAAGAAGGCUCGAAUGAGCUUGUCAGAGGAGGAGGACAAGGACAAGGAGGAAGACAACGAUGAUGCCGAUGCCGAUGCCAACGCCGACGACAGUGGGGAUGCCAACGGUGACAGCGGCAGUGAUGACGGCGAUGACAACAAUGAUGACAGUGACAACGAGGAUGAGGACGAGGUCGUGGACUUCCAUUCGUGGGUCGAGUUCCAACUCAAACACGGCUACUAG